AUGUCGAGUUAUUCAGCAAGUAAUUCUAUAUUUAGUUUAUCAUUUCUAUUUAGUAAAAACUGUUUACAAGUUAUGCUUUGUUCACAAACAAUUAGUUGUGUUCGAACAUUUUGUGCUUCAAAGGCAAUAUCCAGUCAUUAUGACAUUGUAAUUGUCGGGGGUGGUUUGGUCGGGAGCGCGAUGGCUUGCGCUAUUGGCAAGAAGUCUUCAUUAUCUUCAAAGAAAAUUCUUUUGCUCGAUUCACUCAAAACUGUCCAGCCAAAAGUUAGAGAAGAGGAUUGGUAUUCCAACCGAGUAUCUGCCAUAGCCCCUUCCUCUGUGGAGUUGUUUGAAAAUCUGAACGUUUGGAAGCAAAUUUCGGUUAAAGCACAACCGGUCACUUCCUUAUAUAUUCAAGAUGGUUGCUCAGAAUCUAGGAUUUCUUUUAAACAAUCCAAACCAAGCUCCCCAGUUGCUUAUAUUGUAGAGAAUUGGAGGAUUGUUGAUGCUUUACAUCAAUGUCUUAGAGAAAGUUUAAAUAUUGAUUGGAAGCAAGAGACCUCAUUUUGUGAAUUGAGUUUGCCUGAAAACCUCGAUGAAAUUGUCGUUCUUAAAUUGGACAGUGGUGAAGUAGUUGAAAGUUCUUUGUUGAAUGAUAUUAAAAACACGAUUGCGUGGCAAAGAUUUAUGCCAACUGGGCCAAUCGGUAUUUUGCCACUUAAUGAGAAGCUGAGUUCACUUGCCUGGACAACUUCAACAUCAGAAGCAAAACGUCUUUUGGAAUUGCCUAAUGAAGAAUUUGUGAAGGAAUUAAAUGGAGCUUUGGUUGAUCAUUCUGGACAUAAUAAAAUAAUUGAUGGGCCUUUAAAUUGUUUUUCAAGUAUUUUGAAUUCAAUUCCAUUUUUGACGUCAUCUGAAAAUUUUGUCUUCCCAACUAUUCUUUCUCUGCCAAAUAAUGAUAGAGCAGCAUUUCCACUAUCUCUAAUUCACGCGCAUGAUUAUAUUGGGAAUAGAUUGGCAUUAAUUGGGGAUGCAGCACAUAGAAUACAUCCAAUGGCUGGACUUGGAGUUAAUCUUGGAUGGUCUGAUGUAGUUAAUUUAACAAAUACACUCGAAAUUGCAGUUAAGGAGGGUGGAGAUUUGGGUUCUUUAAUUUAUUUAAAAAACUUUGAUGCCAAAAGUCAACGCAAAAAUGUUCCAAUAAUGACUGCUAUUGACUUUUUAAAUAGUUUGUUUUCAACAAAUUUUCUUCCGUCAGUUUUUGUUCGUUCUGUAGGUGUUAAUUUGUUGGAUAGGCUUUGGCCUGCAAAGGAUUUGAUGGUUCAAUAUACUUCUUGA